CUUCUGUUAUUACUCAAUCGGUAAACAGCGGAGAGGAAACGAAGAGAGACGAUGGUGGCGAUCUCUCUCUACCGCGGCAACCUCCACCGGGUCCCCGACGUCCCGCGGAGGUGGCCGUUGCCGCCGCCUGCCAUCUCCCUCCGCCAGUUUAAGAUCCUCAUCCGCAAGCGGUCCGAGGCCCUUUCUCGCCUCUCUGCCGCCCCCGUUGCCGCCACAACCCUAGAUGUCAAGCUUGAGGGGAAAUCGAAGGAGGAAGUCAAGGGCGACGACGAUGGAGCCAAGAUUGGCCUCUCUGUACGGGAGUAUUCUUCUGUUCUCGAUCCCGAACCCUCGAAUUCCCAGCCGAAGUGCAAGGAAGAGACGAGGGAUCAUGAGGCGUUUCGAGAGUCCGAGGUCGGUGCUUCCGCUUCAGAUGCUCCGGCCGGUGCGCCUUCCACCCGGGAGGAGGAGGAGGUUCGUGAUUCGAAAAUUGGUGAAGCCGGCAUAGUCGAUGGAAAGUUUGAGGUGAGAAACAAAUCUGAUGUUGUUAGUGACAAGGAGGAAAGAAAACGAGACUUGGAGAAGAAGUUGCAUGUCUUGAAUGAGAAGAAACACAAUCUCGUCCAAAUGUUGAAGCAGAUCUUAAAUGCCGAAGAAGAAAUAAAAAGGCGGAGCAUGCAGUCACCUGUUUUACAUCCUUCAAUUCCCCAAAAAGCAGAGAUGACACUGGAAAUGGGUUCUGUGAAGCAGGUCCCCAAGCUUACUGUAGAGGUUAAUUUUGGUAGUGAUUCAGGUGGGGAAUCAGAUGCUGCAGCUAAGAACAACAGUCAUGUACGACAGUUGCAUCACACCCAUAGUACAUCUCCAUCUGCAGCAUCUUUAACAAGGACAACAUUUGGCUCUUUCCAGCAUAACACAGGUCUUCAAAAUAUUAGAGCUAGCAUGACAGCCACUGGCUAUGGGCCAACUACUCCGAAUUCAUCGGCAGGUGGUGCCAUGGUUAGUCCAUCACGCUUUGCUCCUGUAGGACAUCAGAGCCAGACGCCGAACCUCACUCCUGUGGCAUUGCCUGUCAACCAUUUUAUUGCUUCUUCGCCAUCACCAGCAGCAUCUGGAGGUGCUUCCUCUGUCUUCAUGGAUCCUUGUCUGACCAGCUCCUCAUGAAACACAUGCAGUGUGCACGGUUUAUCAGCUACAAUGAUGUGGUGCAGCACUCACACUCGUCGUGCUUAGGGCUUCGUUUCCCUAUCAAGUGGAUGUGGUUUACUGCACAUUCAUAGUGGUAUCAUCUGCAGCAGGGUUUGAUGGCCCCUUCUAUGUUCAGAUCACAAGUAGCAUCCAUUCUUGGUCUUACUGUGGAGUGAACCGAGCCGAUAGCAUCUGUUGGUGUUCCUGAUCCAGUAAGUGGGCUUAAUCAGGGUUGGAAACUCCUCCUUGUAAGCAUUGGUUGUGAACUGUUGGACUGUGAAUCCCAAAAGCUGUAGGGUCUUUUGCUGAAUCUCAUGAUUGGAAUGAAGUAUUGACGCAGCAUCACUGGACGUGCAUUAUUACUA